GCCUCAUUUGCCUCUUUUCCCCGAUCCAUCUCUUUCCUCUCUCUCGACAAACGGUGAAUCGGCUUCUUCUUCCGGCUUCAAAAAAACAAUCCAACUAUCAAAAAUCUCGAGAUCGAGAUCUCAAUCACAGAUCCACACUAAGCUAUGAGGAGAGUCACCAGACUUGCUGCACGGACAAUCUCAGCCUCCGUCGCAAUCCUGCUUUGGUGUUUAUGAAGGGUCCUUCAUUGUAUGCUUUUAAAGGUUUGGCUGAUCGAUUUGCGCCUAUGGGAGUACAUAUAUCAAUGCUUCUGAUCAUGGUGGGUGGAACCCUCAGUGCGACUGGGAGCUUUAGAGGCUCGGUCACAGUUCCUCAAGGGUUAAAUUUUGUCAUGGGAGAUGUCUUAGCCCCAAUUGGGUUUUUCUCAGUUCCAGCAGAUGCUUUUAAUACCGAAGUUCAUAUUAAUCGAUUCACCAUGGAUUAUUAUGAUAGUGGAGAGGUGAGUGAUACCGAAGCUCACAACCUGCAUCAGAUAUGGGCACUUCAAAACGGAAAAACAUUGGUGGUCGGGGGAAGAACCAACAGAGCAAAGAACGAAUUUCUGAUGAUAUGAAUCGAUUGCUUGAUCAAGUUCCUAAGCUAAUCAAUAAGAAUACUUCAGUUGUUUCUGAGCAAUCUUGAUUAGCUCUGCGAACUCUGGUACAUUUCAAGACAAAACCAAUAUAGUUGUACAGAAUUAUGAAAAAUGUAUAGUUUUCAAGAACACAAACACAUUCUACAUGUUGCUGAUCACACGAAGGUGAAGCAUGUUUUGUGUUAGGAUACUGUAUUUGUGAUUUGGUUGAAAAUUGCUAGGUCAUAUUCUCAAAAAGAAGAGUGUGUGUUGCAGUUUGUAUUUUUCCUUUUGUUUUUAAUAAAAAGAAAAAAUUGUUUUCACAA